UAAAAUCUGUGCAAAUUCGAUAAGAUUAAAGAUGUUUAAAAUUAGAGUAAGUAUAAAAGACGACAGAGCGCUAAGUUCAACAUUAGUGAUAACCGAAGUAUUGCGCACCACGAUGUCCAUUUAUAUUGUAUUCGCAUUGCUUUUUGCUGCAGCUGCUGCAAAUCCAUUGCUCCAGUCGGAAAAUGAUGGAGAAGAAUUCCUUUCGGCUGAGAUCAAACAGGAGAACUGGCAAUUGAUACCAGAUAACAACGGAAACAUGCGAUUAGUUGAUAUAAAUGAUGAAAUAAACAUGGAGGCUGAGCCAUCAUUCAAUGCUCCCACUGAUGUGAGAUUCAAUUUGUUCACCAGACAAAAUCCUACCGUUCCGCAACUAAUUCAGCUACGCAAUAAUGCUCAACUUGCUGCCAGUAAUUUUGUUGCAGGUCGUCAGACAAGAUUCCACGCUCACGGUUGGGGUGCGGCGAGCCACAACGCUGGAUCACAGAUUAGAAACGCUUGGCUUCAAGCAAUGGACUGUAACGUGCUGAUUGUAGAUUGGUCAGCUGGCAGCGAUACUGCGAACUAUAUUUUAGCUCGUAACAGAGUCAAUGAAGUGGGAGCUGCAGUAGCUGAUUACAUUGAUUGGCUGGUUUCUCAAGGAAGUUCAUACAACAAUGUUGUAGUAACCGGUCACUCUCUCGGGGCACAUGUAGCUGGUGCUGCUGGUAAACGCACCAAUCAACCUAUUCAAGCUGUUGUGGGUCUUUGUCCAGCCGGUCCACUGUUUUCUGUUGAUGACCCAGCGAAUCGAAUUCACCAUACCGAUGCCCAAUACGUGGAACAGAUUACAACCAAUGCCGGUCAACUAGGUCACGACCAACCAUUUGGUGUCGCUAACUUCUUUGCUAAUUGGGGUGUAACCCAACCGGGAUGUGGUACUGAGGUUGGUUGCAGUCACGGUCGUGUUCUUGAUUUAUAUGCAUCGUCCAUAAUUAACACUUUCCCUGCAACAAGAUGUGCUAGCCUUCAAAAUAUUAGAGACAACAAUUGCCCUCCAGCAGGACAGGCUGGCAGAAUGGGUGGAGAGCCUAUAAAUAAUAGUGGUGCAAUGCCAGCUGGUACAGUAUUCUUUUUCGCUACGACAGCAACAUUUCCUUUCGUAUAAGAAUCGAGAUACUAAUAAAAGCUGUGCAAUGAAUGUCAACCGUUUAAUAAACUUUUGAUCAUCUCAAAAUAA